GCCUGGUAUGGCUGCGCCUGCGCGGAGCCCGGCCUCUAGUCCCGGCAGGCGGGGCGGAACCAAGGUGCUGAGGGCGCGGUGCUGGGGGUCUGGUUUUGGAGGGACCACGCCUCCCGGAAGCGUUGGUGAGAGUGGGGCUUGAUGCGGGAGACGGCGGCGGAAAGCCUGCGGCGGGGCCUGGAGCGGCUGGGGCCCCUUGCGGAGAAUAAGACGCUGCGAUACGGGGUCCCUAUGAUGCUCCUGAUUAUUGGUGGAUCCUUUGGUCUCCGUGAAUUCACUCAAAUUCGUUAUGAUGCUCAAAAACUCCGCAGCAAGAUGGAUCCAGCUUUAGAAGAAAGAAUAAGAAAGAAUAAGAUAACAUUAGAAUCUGAAUAUGAGAAAAUGAAAAACACUGACUUUGAUGACUGGAAGAACAUCAGAGGGCCACGUCCAUGGGAGGAUUCCAGGUCUUUUCAAGAGCAGCAGCAACAGCAAGUUCUUCAUUCCAAGCCAUCUUGACUGUGUGUGCCUAUUCUGGUGUCUUUGCACAAUCACUGCUAUGCCAGUGACUGGACUUCCUUACUUUCUCAUCCUGUGUCCAGGGACAAACAUGGGUAGGGAAGAACCAAGUUGACAGGUGGCUUUACUUUAGAUCAGUCUGAGACAAAAUGUUAAAUAAAGAUCUUUAUUCAAGUGCAUCUGCUUGCAUAUAAGCCCAUAGAUUGUGUAUAUUAAUUCUUAAUAAAGAUCAGCUCAUUCUUUCA